AUCUUGCAGUAAAUGACAAGCAGCCGCACGGGUGCUGCAGAAGUGCGCAGGUUCAGCGGCGCGACCCACUCCCACUUUUGGACUUACUUUCACUUGAUAGUUCACGCUCACGCUGACAUCUGACCAUAUUGUCAGUGUUCAUUCAGCUUUUACCACGGCUACGGCACUCACCAUGCCGCUGAAUUCAAGUAUGGAGUGUAAAAAUUAUGAUUACGACUACGACUCCUACCAGCCCUAUUUCUAUUUUGACAACGAGGACGAGGAUUUCUAUAACCAUCAGCACGGACAGCCACCGGCGCCCAGUGAGGAUAUAUGGAAGAAAUUUGAACUGCUGCCCACCCCUCCGCUCUCCCCGAGCCGGCGACCCUCCCUGUCAGACCCCUUCCCGUCCACAGCCGACAAGCUCGAGAUGGUGUCGGAGUUUUUGGGGGACGAUGUGGUCAACCACAGCAUUAUUUGUGACGCGGACUACUCCCAGUCGUUUCUGAAAUCGAUUAUCAUUCAGGACUGUAUGUGGAGCGGUUUCUCCGCAGCGGCUAAGCUGGAGAAGGUGGUGUCGGAGAGAUUAGCGUCGCUCCAGGCGGCGAGGAAGGAGUCAUCCAGGACCGAGUCCGCGGACAUCUGUCGGUCUGUCGGCUUCCUCCAGGACAUGAGCACCCCUGCCUCCCAGUGCAUUGACCCGUCCGUGGUGUUUCCCUUUCCACUGACGGACAGCACAAAGCCGUGCAAACCCGCGCCCACGCCGGCUUCCACAACACUUCCACUGGAUACUCCGCCAAACAGUGGGAGUAGCAGCAGCAGUAGUGACAGCGAAUCCGAUGACGAAGAUGAUGAAGAUGAAGAAGAGGAGGAAGAAAUUGACGUGGUCACGGUGGAAAAGAGAAAGUCGGUGAAAAAGUCUGACGCGAACGCAACGCAUCAAAGCCCGGUCGUCCUCAAGCGGUGUCACGUUAACAUUCACCAACACAACUACGCCGCCCAUCCGUCCACGCGGAAUGAGCAGCCUGCAGUCAAGCGGAUUAAAUUCGAGAGCCACAUCCGGGUGUUUAAACAAAUUAGCCAUAACCGAAAAUGCGCGAGUCCCAGGACGUCGGACUCUGAGGAUAACGAUAAGCGGAGGACUCAUAAUGUGCUCGAGCGGCAGCGGCGGAACGAGCUCAAACUGAGCUUCUUCGCGCUGAGGGACGUCAUUCCUGACGUGGCGAACAACGAGAAAGCGGCCAAAGUGGUGAUCCUGAAGAAGGCGACGGAGUGCAUAGCGAGCAUGCAGGAGGAUGAACAAAGACUGAUCUCACUUAAGGAGCAGUUGAGGAGGAAAUGUGAACAUUUGAAACAGAGACUCGAGCAGUUGAGCUGUUCUUAAGCUGCCUGGACUUAAUUUAUGAACUUGUUUUAUGCAUCCUUGUAUGGUUAUGCCAUGAGUCGAUACAAGGUCUGGCGAGGGUGUGGCAAAGUAGUGAGCAAUCUUGCAUUGAUUUAUACAAUUCACACUGCCUCAAUUUGAACGCGAUAGAGGUUGAAUUUAUUUGUAUUUAAUUUUAUUUUUUAGUAUUAACAUGGUCUAUGGUUUCAUUUUACUGUUGGCCUUAACUUAAUGCUUUUUUGUAAGUUUUGUACAUAAUGCACAUAUGUAUUCAAGAUUCUGUUGAUUUCUUAAAUGUGUUUCUCUAUAAAGUUGUGUUUUUUUGACUAA